GCCGGGUUUAUUACACGUAAAUCAUUCUUUGUGAGGAACUAAUUGCUGAGGAUGCAUCCCCACACCGUUUUUAGAUCAUACAUGAUCAUAAAACGUCUGUUUACGAAAUGAAUAUUAUGGAAUACCACGAAGGCUCUGCAGCUCUGCUAUUACGUAAUUUAGAGUUAGUCUGAAGUUUUAAAGUGAGAUUAAAAACAUGAAUUCAGGCCGAGGUUGCUGUGUCCGAUUUGCCAUGCGAAUGUAUUGGCUGGAUCGAUUUAAUUGACGCAUGACGUAUCUACGCAGAUCUUGAUUCUCGAUUGUCUGUCAGUGAAAGUCUUAGUAAUUUUAAAAUCAUAACAAAAAAUAAUUUUGAUUUAAUUAUUGUUGAUUUAAACCGACGGAUUUUCCUUUAAGAAUGUAAUAACUAAAUUGUGUUAGAAAGUUGGAACAAUCAUAGAUAAUUUGUUUUCGAUUUUUAUUCAGAACUGACUGUUUGGAAUAUCUCGUUUACAAAGCUUUUAUUAGUGAAACUUAGCAAUAAAUACCAAGUAAUUUUAAAGAUCCCCUAGACACUUAUAUUUCGUGGAAAACACAUUUCCUCUUGGAGGAAAUAUAGAGAAUGAGUCCACUUUUCACGACAUAUUUCAUUAUUCUCAUGAGAAAAUACGUAAACACACCUAGAUUAAGGAGACAGUCAUUAAUGUUCAUUAUAUAAAACUAAAUUUAAUUGAAAUAUUUAUGUUCAUUACUCGGAGGCGAGAAAAGUUUUUUAUUACAGACUAUAAGUUUCGCUGGGAACGAAUUAUAUAUACACGUUUAAUAUAAAUUUAUUAAUCGAGUUCUUGAACUGUACUUAAUAGCAAAACAAGUGAGAAAUCACCAAUAACAAGGGGGUAACUGCAAUAAUAAAUAGAUUUAAGUUUAAUAUCAGGGUCUUCAGAGGUCUUACCUAAGUACGAUGAAUUUACUACACCUUUUAGAACUCCCAUUACAGGGAGUAAAUAGCCUACAAAUAAUACUUCAAUUUCAAUACCCUUCCAAUACCUUAUUCACAACAAUAAUGAAAUAUGCAAAACGUCAGAGACCUGUGCAUUGGAGUGCAACACUUAACUAUUUACGGCCAAACGGUUUACAGUUCUGUUCAUGCUAAGGUUUGAGAUGUAAAUCGCGAUCUUUGACGUCAAUGCGCAAGAGUGCGCCAACUAAAACCGAACCACAUAAUGGCCGGUGGCCGGCCAAUAUACUCGUAAAGGAGGUUGUAAAACUGCACAAGUAAAAAGGCGUGACUACAUGUUAAGUGGAAGAGGCUAACGAAGCGUCUUCCUGAAACCCGCCCUCUUUCCCACUCCCGUACUAUAAAUAUGACGCUGAAACAUUUUCGCUUCAGUCGUUCAGGAAAGCUCGAGGUGUGCACUGUGCCAAAUCACAGCAUUCCCUAGUGACAACGUGAUACGGGACGCGUAACACGACAACAAAUAUCUAAUACUAAUCAGUUCGCGAUUGUUAUACAAAGACUUUUGAUUUAUUCAAGUGACUUUUUGGAUUGUUCAGUGAAAGUAUUUGAAGUGGUGAAGAUGUUGGACAAAACCAUCCUCGGUGGUAGUUGGGAAAGUGUGGUGUCGAGAGACGACUACGAGAUUGACUACAACCAGAGCCCGAGAGGGUCUCCUUUGAAGGAUACGUCCAACAUCCAGGAUGAGCCUGGCUACUGCAUCAGCCGUCACAACCCGAACAAGACCUUCCGCCGUGAAUCUGUCAUAGCUUCAUGGAAGAGUCUGAAGAAGGAGAGGGAGCAGGCUUUAGGGAAGCGGUUCAUCUAUGUGGACGCUGACAGUUACCAGGAUUAUUACGGCAGGAACAAGGUCAAGCGUUGCAAGAGUGACAGGGCCCCUGUCGCACCAAACAAGGUGCCAAAGAAGGUCAAGCGCACAUACUCUGUUCUGUACAGGUAUGAUCCAUCUGAAGAGAAAGUAGUGAAGGAGUACAAGUACCAGCUUCCUAAGGAGAAUGAGCCUAUUAACCACCCAGUAAUGCAGAAAUCCUACUCCGAACCCUUCUUGAGGUCGGAAGCUUCACCUAAGAAGAAGGUCAAGAGGUCUUUCACAACACUGUUGAACAUCAAGACAAAGUUUUUAAACAUUUUCACCUCGAAGAGUUAAAUUGUUGUAGGGAUUUAACUUGGUUUAAUUGCUCAAUUCAAUGCAUUUUAUAUGAUUGGCGUAUUACUUCGCAUACGAGGUCGUAACCGCCAUGAUUCUAGUCGAAAUUUUGCCUAUCAGGUUCAAUGCCGGAACCAUCUAUUUUGAUAUUGUCUGGUAAAAGUAUAAACAAAAUUGUAAUGGAAUAGAUCAAUCAACGUUUUUGUUGCUAUUCCAAAUUGAAACAGGCAAAGAUUGGAUAUAUUAUCAGAUCGUAAUUUGUAAGCUUUAUUAAAAGAUUUAUUUUUGAAGUGCCAAAUGUAUUCAUAAAAUACUAAGUUUAGUAUAUAAUUUGUGAUAUUUUUCGUGUGUUGUGAUAUUUUUAUAUUUUUGAAGGAUCGUUGUGGUAUGGUCAACAUACUGCAACGGAUGCUUGAAUUAACAGUAAAAAUCUGAUCAAUUAGAAAUAAUGUUCUAAAUUGCAUGUAAUUCUUUAUAUUAGCCUCUAAUAUAUUGUUAUUACCAAUCUUAGAAGUUAAAAUAUAUACUGUUUACAACUCAUUUAUUAUAUUUUUCAUAAAUAUAAAUAAAAUGUUGUCUGUAACAUAAAUAAUGUAACUGCUAUAUAAAUGUAAUUCUUUAUAUUCAGCAAUAAAUAUCAAUGUAAUUACAUAAAUAUUCACAUUGUUAUCUUUUAAGAAAAUUGCUUUGUAUAAUAAUAAUUAUAUAUUAAUAUGCCAAAGUGAUUGUAAUCUUGCAGUUACAAGUUUUAAAGUUGCAAUAUAAUUCAUUAUAUUUUAAUGUAAUUUUAAAUAUAAACGCAGUUCAUUAAUGUAACUUUUAUA